AUGAAAGAUGGAAAUGAGGAUAGAAAUGCGACCAUAGAUUCUGAUAGGAAUGAUACUCGAUAGUAGUGUCUAGAUGAUUUCGAUAACUUAACCAGAGGACUAACCCUUGAGCAAGCCUAUGCGAAGAUAGGGGGUUUUACCUAUUUUCACUACUGGGCCUCAUCCCUGUUUGUAUGGGGAUUCACAACUGGAGGCCUCUUCUUUUUUGCUCUAUCAAUGCUAGAAAAGACUCCAAGAUAUUUGUGCUUUAAUGAUGAUGGAACAACUUACGAGUGUCAAGCUGAUAAGACAUUUUGUAAAGAUUAAUCAAUCAAGUACAAAAUUGACUGGGAUAACGACUCUAGUCUCCAUAACUGGGUAGAAACCCUAGAUCUCACUUGUGAAAGUUCUGCUAAAAUCGGUCUGAUUGGUUCCAUAUACUUUGUGGGUUGGGCAGUUGCAGCAAUUUUCUUGCCUCGACUGAGUGAUUUAUUUGGAAGAAAGUGGGUUUACUUCUACUCAAUGUUAUUCCAUGGUCUUGUGUACUUGGGAUUAAUUUUAUCCCAUAACUUGAACCUGACUAUUGUCUUGAUGGGAUUCUUUGGAUUCUGUUCCCUUGGACGAGCUUCAGUUGGUUAUCUCUAUAUGCAAGAACUUACACCAAUUAAAUAGUAAACUAUCAUUGGCACAAUACUCUCGAUCACGGGUGGACUAGUCACAGUUUUUAUAGCUCUCUAUUUCUUGUAUGUUUCUAAGCACUGGGAGGGAUUUUAAAUUUUUGGAUGCGCAACAAAUUUCUUAAUCGUAGUUUCUAUUCCGUUCUUGCCUGAGUCACCUAAGUAUCUAAUAAGUAAAAAUCGCUAUGAGGAUGCUCGGGAUUCAUUGAAAGUUAUCGCUUAUUUUAAUAGACACUCUGGAGAAGUGAACUUUAAAUUUGAUACAGAGGUCCACAAUGAGCUCUUUAACUCCAAGAUUGACUUAAAUUACUCUGUUGAUGCUUCUAUUGCUAGUCCAGGAAAAUUAACAUAAGACUCUCAUGAACGAGUUAAAUUUGUUCAAUCAAGCAUAUUAUCAAGCAAUGCUGGAUGUAAUCAAUUGUAAGGCUAAUCAGUCAUUGAUGACAAACUACAACCUCAUAUACAUAAGGGUGAGUUAGUAAAAGAGGAAUAGUAAUUGAAUGGGUCUUUAAAAGAUCUGAUUAAGAUUAGAAGGCAUAUGAUUAAUUUACUCAUUAUGGUAAUUAUCUGGAUCGCUUCCUCUUUCAGUUAUUAUCUGAUUAAUUUCCAGCUUAAGUAUAUAAAGGGUGACUUCUUUGUCAAUACAAUUACAGCAUCCCUGACUGAAGUGCCUGCUUAUAUUCUUAGUGGUAUUUUGUAUGAAAAGCUAGGUAUAAGAAUAGUACUUGUAUCUUGCUUUAUAAUAUCACUUGUUGGAGGUAUUUUCCUUCUUAUAUUCUCUAAUAAUACCAAUGUCAUUCCGGUAUUCAUACUUCUUGCUAGAUUUGGAGUGAGUGCUACGUUUAAUAUUUGCUAUCUCGCUAAUGCCACUAUAUUUCCUACUAUUUUCGCUGGAACUGCUUUUGGAAUUUGCAAUGUAUUUGCUAAAAUGGCUACAAUUAUCUCACCAAUGCUAGCUGAGGUAGAUGCACCUGUGCCAAUGACAGUAUUUUGUAUCGUUUCCGGAGUAGCAACAGUUUUAUCGUUAUUCAUUCAAACUGCACCAAAGAAAUUAUAAAUACAUUAAAGAUUAUAUAAAGGAAAAAUAACAGUGAAUUAAAAGAUUGUAAAACAGAAGAUUGAAUGCCAUUCAAACUGCUCUUGA